AUGGACCCGAUUAUUUUCACACCACGACUGAAACUGACUCUCGUCACGAAAGCGGAAAGAGGAAGUCCGGAGUUCAAGUGGCUUCAUGAACUGCGCAGCAACGAAAAGGCUAUGUGGUGGAGCAUCCAUGGCCAGGCGAAGUCCAUCGAGGAUACGGAGAAGGUCAUGAAAGGCUACCUGCCAACCAAUGAAGGAGAAGAAAAAACAUACAGAGUCGUCUAUGCUGUGCACAAGGUCCUUGAGUCGAUGAGUGGUUCUGUUGAAGGUGAACCGCAACCCGCAGAGCAAGGGAAAAAGUCAACAGAAUUUAUCGGCCUUGUGAAUCUGAAAUCGUUGGAUGCUGGCAACCUUGCGUUGCCGGAGGAUCUUACGUUACCGGUUGCGGCCGCGACUACGACACUGACUGUCGAACUCUCAUAUGCGUUCUUACCCAUCGGAUGGGGUAAAGGAUACGCAACCGAGUCGGUGAAGGCGGUAUUUGAGUCAUGCAAGAGCGCGCGAUCUUUUUGGACACCUUUCUCGAAGCUUUACAUCCGAGCAAUUGUGAACGGGAGUAAUCCAGCGAGCCUGCGAGUGAUGGACAAGACUGGAAUGACCAAAAAGGGUGUUUACGAUUGGACUGGGAAAGCCAUUUUCCUCGCCGGAGAAUGGCGAGAGCGGGGUAGUCUUCAUAUUUAUGGCAUGCAUCUGUUAGAGUGA